AUGUCGGAUAAUUUUCUUAUUCUAGGACUUCCUUUUUUUCAACAAUGUGCAGACACACUUCCCUCUUCACAAUUUAAGUACCUUGUGACCCAGAUGGGACCUCUUGGUCAAGCACUCCGCCAAUUUGUUGUUCCUAAUUUAAAAGUAGGAACUCUGGAUUCAUUGAUUGAAGCAAGUGAUGAAUUGGCUAAGCUUGAUCCACAGUUUGAGGGCACAGUUGAGAAGCUAAUUGGUUUGAUGGAAGAAGUUUCUCAGAAACCUCGAAGUGUUGUAACUGCCCUACGAAUAAAUCAAACUCAAGAAAUGACACCCGCUGGAUAUAUAAAGAAUUUUCUCUGGAAUUCAGCUCAAUUUGAUACAAAGGAGAAGGUUCAAACUUUAAUAGAAAAACUUUCACAAAUCUCUUCUUCUACAGAGGAACGUGUACGUGUUAUGCUUACAGAGUACAAUGAUACUCGAAACAAAUUAAAUGCGGCAAGUAAGAAAAAUCAAGGCAAUUUAUCUGUAAAGCCUAUUCGAGAAUUGGUUGCUUCAUAUAAUGAACAACAUCAUUGUUUUGUCGAUACAGAAAUGCUUAUAACAUUGUUUGUUGCAGUUCCUUUACCAUUACAAAAAGAAUGGGUUGAAACUUAUUGGUCACUAAAUGAGUUUGUUUGCCCUCAGUCAAACCGUGUCGUUGCUGAAGAUAAGGAAUAUGUGCUGAACAGUAUUGUUGCAUUUCGUAAAGCAAUGGACGACAUAAAAAUGGCAUGUCGAAAAAAGAGAUGUAUCGUUCGAGAUGUUGAAGGUGUUGAUGAUUUAUCAGUUGCUGAAAUGAAAGAGUUGACACAGAAAGCGGAAAAAGAACGAAAAACUCUUUAUACUGUUCUUUGGCAACAAUACUCGGUUUGUUACGUGGCAUGGGUGCAUGUUAAAGCUUUGCGUGUCUUUGUUGAGAGUUUACUCAAGUAUGGAUUGCCUCCUCGCUGUAUAUCGGUUGUUUUACAAGUGGACGCUAAAAAGGAAGGUGAAAUACGAAAAAAAAUAGCACAGUUGUAUCCCAACUUAAUUACCCCUUUAGCAAAUGAACCGUCAACUGACGUUGGUGCACUUCAGUAUGAAUUUCCUUAUGUUUCUCUUAAGGUAACAAACGUACAGAAGUGUUAA